GCCGUCAGUAAUUUUUGCACGAAACUUCAGACACAAAAAAACCAUAAAUUCAGAAUAUUCUUGUGUGCAACGAAAUGAAAAUAUGAUCGCAUACUAAAAAUAAACGCGAAGACAUGCCCCUUCAGUGAUUUUUUAAAAGGAAUAUUAAACACUUGAGGGAAAAUGGCGGACGAAAGUAUUCCCCCACCCCCUAUGGACGAAAAUGAAAAAAGAGUUGUCAAUGAAUUUUGUCAUCUUUUGGAAAAAUCGAAGCAACUUUUCAACGGAUUAAGGGAUCUUCCUCAGUAUGGACACAAACAAUGGCAGUCAUACUUCGGACGAACAUUUGACGUCUACACAAAGUUGUGGAAAUUUCAGCAGCAGCACAGACAAGUUCUAGAUACCAAAUAUGGCCUGAAGCGGUGGCAGAUUGGUGAAGUAGCAUCAAAGAUUGGUCAGCUGUACUACCACUACUACUUACGUACCAGCGAAACAAAUUAUCUCAACGAGUCUUUCUCAUUCUACUCUGCUAUUCGGAUGCGAGCCUACUACUCAAAAGCCAGCAAAGAAGAGAGGUCUUUGUCUGUUUACAGGCCAGACUUGAUGGUGAAGAAGUUAAGAUUCUACGCAAGAUUCAUUGUUGUUUGUCUGCUGCUGAAGAAAAUGAAGCUCGUCAGAGAUUUGGUCAGGGAGUUGGCCAAACAAAUAGACGACUAUACGGGAACAUACGAGCCGGAAGACCAUAUGGAGUGGAACCUUGUUCUUGGGGAAAUCAAGGCUUUCAUUGAGGCUGACAACUUGAUAUCGGUACUAGAUGUAGAUGCCACCUCCAUAGUUGUAUCACACCGAUUGACCCCCCUCAAUACCCCGCCCCUCGACAAGAUGACCCACAUACACUACACACUACAGGAGAUUAUCAUCGUGGGAAAUACCCAUGAACAGGUAAAGUUCAGUGAGCUGACUCUGGACAUGUUCCGGAUGCUGCAGUCCUUGGAACGGGAACCACAGGAGGAUUUGUCCAAUCAGAUUUACGAUGCCUCACCCGCACCAGGCAGACAACCUUUUGAGAACGGUGAUAGACCAGGAAAGCGUGAGAAUCCCCACAAAUAUUUGCUGUAUAAGCCAACCUACAGCCAGUUGAACACGUUUCUAGCAUCGGGAUUCAAGGAACUUCCGCCCAACGGUGCCAUGCUGUUGUACAUCUCUGCUGACGGUGCCCAUGGCAACGCAAAACACACAGACGACGCUGCAUAUGACUUAGGUGGUGUGGUGACAAACAGUCGAAGAGAAGGGGAGGUGAAUAGUAAACCUAAACGAGUCGGCACUCUCAAGGAAAUGCACUGUUUACAUCCAGGAGACCUCUAUCCCUACACCAGAAAACCCUUGUUCCUUAUUGUGGACAGUGACAAUAGCUCAGCAUUCCAGCACUUCCCCAACUUGUUUGGCCAACCAGUUGUGUGCCUGAUAUCUCCAGAACAGGUGCCCACUACCAUGCAAGAUAUGCGACAGAAGGGCAACUUAUUCACGUUGUUUCUUCACUGCCCGCUGAUGGCGUUCUGCCAUGUAUGCAGCAUAAUAGACAUUCCGAUAACACUGUGGGACAAGUGUCAGAAUAUCGUCGAUAAGUUCUUGGCUGAGACCAGCAAACUGUUUGUACGCUCAAGAUCUAUAGACCAUGCAUACAUGCAGUUUAUUGGUGACGACUUUUUACGUCUGCUCAUGCUCAGAUUUGUCUUCUGUUACAUCGUUCUCAUUCUGCAUCGAGGCUUCAAGGGACCCAGUUUUUACCCCCUCUCUCAUCCCGCACUUCCGACAGAGGAAAUCCUGGAACAUCCAACACUGUGUAAGAUUGUGCUGGACUUAGCCGUCGUGUUAGAAUGUCGGCCAUUGUUUGCUGAGCCCGGAGAAGGCGAUAUCCAUGUGGUCACUUGAAGUUUGAUGAUGGGAAUAGUUUUAUAAUUGAAUGUAUAGAACUGUUGGGAUUUAUGUGAGUUUUGUUAGGAAAGAUUGUUGAGUAAAAGGUCAUUAAGAAGGAAGACUUGUAUUACAGAAAAAAGGGAAGUAAUGUUGCAACAUGUAUGCAGAAACAUUUACACAAGUAUUUGGUACCCAAAUUUAAUAGUUUCAAAAGGAACUUUAGCUUUAUUUCGUACGAGAUAAAGAAGGCAAUUUUUUGAAAUUAUUUGAUUUUGAUGUUAUUUGAUAGAAGUUGCGAUGUGAAGUGUUAACAGUCUAAUCAGUAAUUCAAGUAUUGUUAUUUAAUUUGUUAAGCCAACUCGAAGUUUGGAGUUCUUUGUUAUGAAGUAAUAAAGUUUGUUGCUUGGGAAAAUGAACUUUAGGUCAUCAUUAUUUUCAAAAUAUUUUAGGCAUUUAAUUUUAUUUAGUUUGAAAGCAUACAAUUAGCUUUGACUAGAUAUUUCAUGUUCAUAUGCCUUUCAUCUUUUGCCUUGUUCACAUUUUGGAAAUAUUCUCAUCUCUUCCCUAUCACAUUUUGCAUGUGAAUGCUUGGUCAUUACUUCAUAGUGUAUAGUUUUUUAUAGAAACAAUUUAAAGCAUUAUGAAUGUCAUGAAUAUUUUUACGGUACUAAACUUUAUGCAUAAAUGUAUUUGAGAUCAAUUUCAGCAUGUUUAAAUAAUUUAUUACUUAAACUAAUAACAUUAAAUUUAAUGUUAAUCAUUUUAUAAUUACUUUGAUUCUUAAAUUUGAAGUGUGUUUCAAAACUUCUGAUUUGUAUGAAAGGUGUAAAUAUUUUGUCUUAGGCCGGAUUAAUAUGUAGUUUGAUUGGCGUUUUCCAACUCAAUUAAUUAGGUUUAAGGUUAGUAGGAAGUUUUGAUAUCACUUGUUUUAUUUUAAUUCCUAACCCCUUAUUUCCGUAUUGAAAAAUAUUAAACAAUACGACCACUGUUGAGUAAGUCAGCAGGAUUUGCCCAAAACUUGAAUUAAACAGCUCCUGAAAACUCCUUAUAUUUUUAUUUUGCCUUAAAAGCUGCUUGAAAAGAGCUUGUUUUUUGAAAAUAGUUCUUAAACUUCCCUGUUCUGCUCCAAAUGAAGUGUCAGUAGUAAAAUGGUUUAUUUAUACAAAAAAGAGUUUGAUCUUAGUGGACGCUUUGCUGGUAUUUAAUAUAAAUGUUGCCUGCUAAUUAUUGUUUGUUUUUGAAAACAUGUUUUUUUCCCCAUAGUUUUUUUUAUUUAAGACAGUCCUUGAAAAUUGAAAACAGGUCCUUGAAAUAUCCUUGAAAACUCCUUGACUUUUUAGUCAGUAUGACUGUAUGAAACCCGGACUCAGCAUAGUCGACAGCAACGAUACUUUCUUUUGUUACACUUCAUAUAUACCCUGGGAAAAUUGACUGACAAAAUCUUGUUAAUAUGAUUAUGCAUGAGGCAGGGGAGACAACUCUUCUCUUAUUGAAAUCACAUUUUACAAUUAAAUACUCUUCAAUAACCCUGUACUGUCAGUUGUCUCAGCAGGCGAGUGAGUUGGUGUUUUAAAAUUUGUAGUGAUCAGAUGGACAAUUCAAUUUGAUUAGCCAGAAUACUUUUUCUAUGGGUAUGAGCAUCUGUGCAUAUGUGAGUGUCAUUUCCAGAGAGGAACCAAUGAAACUGCCUCAUUAAUUAUUCAUGAUUACAUGAUUAUGAUAUUUUCAAGCCAGGUCACCCACAGUACACAAUGAAGCAUAGUGCAGACUAUCAGGGCUAUCGGACUAAGGGAAACGCCAAACAAACUAUUAAUUAUUUUUGGCCUUAUGCAUUAUAAUCAAGUGGACACAAUAUGUAUAUUCAACUAAUUUACAUAACUGAAUGAAAUUCAGGAUAAAUCAUGCAUUUGUAAUUUUGUCAUUUAUUCAUAUGUGUUUAUUUUUAAUUUAUUUAUUUAUCUACGCAUUAAUGUACCAAUCACAUUUUAGCAAAUUCAAAAAGUUGUACACAGUUAAGUGAUAUAUUUCAAUUUAUAAGCAUGCUUUUCCGAUAUAUGAUUGAAACAUUAUUAGUCUGAGACUUUUCUUAUUCUUAACAUGUUAACAAUUGUCAUUAAUUAUUUAUAGAAACAGGAAUGAUAUACAUGUUUAUUGCCAACAUGUAAGACAGUUAAAUUAGACUUUAUGUUCUAUAUUAGGAUCAUAUUGAGUUUUUAAAGCAUUGGAAAACUAUUUGCAGUGCUUGUGUUCCUUAUAAUUUCUGUCUCGGGACCAAAAUUGCAAAGUUUUGAAAAACAAGAAUUUUUGCCUCAAGAUCAUUCCAUUGUUUUUUAUUGUAUAUUUUGUGCUUUUAAGAGGUACAUGAUAUGUGUAUUUGUUUUAAAAUAUAUUCUCAGCAUAAUUUCCCACCGUCAUGUAUUGCAAAAUCAAAAAAAUUAUGUCAGAUAUUAUUUAGCUUUUCUGUUGUUUGUUUCGGAGAAAAAAGCCGAAGUAAUGUCAUAGCUUUGGCCACGUUGUUGGGGUCAUUUCAGUGCAAAAACUUAAACCUUGGCCAUAACUCAAAAUUUGUUUAAGAUAUUAAAAAAUGAAACUUGGAACACAUGUUUCCAGAGACAAUACGCACAUUUAAAACAAGGCCUGUAACUCCUGUCUUCAAUAAUUGUUGGAUUAUGUCCCUCUAGUUUUACUACAGCUAUGAAAAAAAGUCAUAUUAACUCAUUCUUAGUCACUACGGAUUCCUCUGAUUAAAAUCAAUAAAGGCUGACCGCAGAUUUUCCCAAAUAAAUGUGAUACAGAUUUGAAAAAUAUUGCCUUCCCAUAAUUUCGACCACUAAGAUGUUAUUAAGAUAAUCAAGCAGUUAUGUUUUGUCUGCCUUGCUCUACAAAUAUACCCUAUUUAAAGCUAGAAAUACCAGUGAGAAAUUAAAGGACUUAUGUAGUGCUUUUUUAUUGCUCAUUAUUUUAUAUAAUUUAAUUAUUGCUAUCACUUAUUUCAGCAAUAAGUCAUUUAAAAUUCAUUUUUGUUUCUUUCAUUUUCCAAAAUAAUUUUUCAUUUUUUGAAAAAAAAUGUACCUAGCAGGAGUAUUGCAUUUAAUUUGAAAAAGCAUGAUAAAGAAAUCAAUAAGUAAAAAAUAAUAAAACAAGAUACAAGAAUCUUUUUUAAAGUAUGGUAUAUGAUAAUAAGAAAUAUAACCUCAAUAAGCUAUUUUCCAACAUGAAUAACAAACAUGCAUAUUUAAAAUGUAAUUUAAGAAAAAUGAUUAAAUGAAGUAGACGAGAAACUGUUCGAUAUGAUCAUACACACUCUUGUUUUGUUUAAUAAACAGUGUUAAUAUAACUAUUUAUAUGUAACGCACAAUAUCAUACAUGUUUCCUCAUUUAUUUUCAUCUUUUUGAUCAGUAUGCCGUGCCAUUUUUUUUUUCUUUCAUAAUCAUGAAUUAGGUCAUUUUUUCAUCUUUUUUACUGCGUUUAUUUCUUAGCAGACACAAUUGAUCACAUUUGGAAAAAUGAUUUGAAAAACAUUCCCCCUUUUAAAUAAUAUGUAAAAAUAUUCUCCCUUUUCUGAGGUAUUUAAUAAGAUAGCUAUAAUGUUAUGUAUGUAAGGCUAUUGUUUUAAAGGUACCAGUUAUAGGGUUAAUGGCUUUCUUGUAACAUACAUAUACAUGUAGUACAUUUGGUUUUCUCAUGGCAUUUUGGUGGACAAAGUACUUAAAAGAUUUUAUCUUAUUGCUGUUAAAGAAGCACUCUCACAUAUUGACAGUUUUGACAACUUUUUAUUGUUUGUCUUUGAUCGAGCCAACUUUUUUUCAAAUAUAUGGAAAACAGUGAUAUAAUGUUGAGAACAAAUAUCGGGUCACAGAUUUUCUGAUUUCUUUUUGAAAAUUUAUGUUUAAUAGCUUAGAGCAUUACUAAUACUUAAAGCAAAAAUUAAAUUUUCUGCAGUUUUUCAAACAAUUGAAAUCUGCAUUAUUGCGAGUUAUCUUAUAUGAGGCGAUUGAAGGUAUUGAUGCCAAAUCAGCUAUUUCGUAAACCAAAAUAAUACAAAUGCAAAAACUGUCAAUCUGUGAGAGUACAGCUUUUAAGCACAAAAACAGUUUCUGAUUUAAUGAAAUUCUUAUACAGUAUACUCUCAAUUGAUUUUUGAUCAGUUCUUAAUUAUGUUUUUAACAAAUUUCCAUGUACAUACAUUCUAGUUUAUAACAUUCCAGUACAUUCCAUGACUCUGAUGUACAAUUGGGUGAAUUUGUUUGUCUGGUGACCCUGUUUUUGAAAGGCAUUUAUGAGAAGGGUGAGAAUAUGUUGACAAAUACAAAGAAAAGAAAUAUAUUUGGCCUUGAAAGAUCGCAAAAUAGGUAAUUUCACGGUUGAAUUCCAUUGGAAUAAAUAACAAAUCCGCAAAUAGCAAUAAUUGUAUGUGUUAUGUUUUUUGUCAUUUAAUUAACAUGUUAGAAGUCAUUGAAUAUAUCUAUUCAAAUGAUAAAAAACACAGGCUUCUUAAUUUUAAAAUAUCGGAUUGUACAAUGAAUUCCUGAAAUGAAAUGCAAAAUCUUAUUCAGAAUACCUGUAAAUUUUAUUCUUAAAUUCUAUUUCUUAUGAUUUUUUUUUUCUACAAGAAUUUUGUUUGUUUGUUUUGUAAUUAUGUGUUCAUGUAUACAUAUAUUUUGUGGUUUUGUUUAAGUUUGAAUUUUGUAGUUUGUGCUUAUAUAAUCAGCUUGCCAUAUUGUCACAAUUUAUUUUUUUAUGCACAAUAUUUUUUGUUGUUUAUUUAUUCUGUAUAGUAAGAGGUUUCUGAUUUUGAGUUGCAUUGAAUAUCAAUUUAUUAGCAUAACUAUUGGCUGAGUAAGGAGAGCUUUUCUAUGGUCAAUGCAAAGAACUUGUGACUCGAAGAUUUUUAGUUUUAAAGAAAAAAGUUGAGGUAUUGUCAUCGUCUUGGAGUCAUUGUCGUCCUUAAUGUUGGUGUGAAGAUGUAUAGCAAAGUCCGAAGUGGUUCGAGGUGGUUGUCAAGAUAUAUAAUCGACCUCUGUUUAAACAAAGUGGCAGAAAUUUCCAACCUGGAUUAAGUGGCCACCUGUCUUAAGCAGCCACUUUGACCUUUUCCCAAAGGUGGCCACUGAAUAGAGGUUUUGCUGUAAUAAUAUUUGAGUUGUGUUUUGACUGAAUUAAAAAAAUGAGCGUUGGUGUUUGUUGUGGGGCACUCAUGUUUGGAUAUGUUUAAGAGGGGGCAAAAGCAGAUUUCUGUGACAGAUGUUAGUUUGGAAAAUGAAUCUACACAUUUUAUUUUCAUUACACCAUUCACCUCUUUUUGUGAAAUAUUUUUUCUACAUUAGUUUGCAUGUAUGUUUUAAUCAGGUAUGUUUUGUGUUGCCUGUGAUGCAUAGCAUGCAGAGACAUGUUGGCGUUUGCCUCACACUUCCUUUUCUGAACAAUAACUUUUGAACGACUUCUGGUGGAGUCUUUGUUUGCACACCGGUAAUGGUCAGUUGGUGACCCCUAUUGAUUUUUGGGUUAGUUGGCCAAAGGUCAAGGUUAUAGUUGAUGGGUGUUCCAGACAGGCGACAAACGAUUGGAGGAAUUUUAGUUUAUUUGUUUUUAGCAUUUAUUUUCAUGUUGUAUAUGUUUUGGGUCAUAAAAUGUGUUUCAUAAAAGAAGUAUUUUAAUUACAUUUGUUUCCAUUUUGUUAAUGAGAAUUAUUUACAUUUUCUGUGAUAUUUAUUUAUUUAUGUUAAUGUAUUUAUUUUGUAUAAUUUGUUGUGAUUUGGUUUUGCUAUAAGUCAUGAGCGAGUGUUUCACACAGGGUUUUCAAAGCAUUCAUUUCCUGAAUAUGUAGGUAAAUGCAUCAGUUGCCGGCAGUUGUUUGUUUUAAAGUUCCAAGUACAAUCUCAGACAAUCUCUAAAAACAUGAUUUUCUUCAACACUUUCACAAGCCAGUGUACCCAAACUUACUGAAAAUAAGUUCCCUAGUAUUUCAUUUUUGCACAAAAAAACUUUGUUUUUCCCAACAAACAAGUCACUGUAGGUCAUGUACAGUUGUAUAAAACUUAAAAAAUGUUAUACUACCUGUUUCUGUUUUUUCUUCAUCAUUGUAUGUAAACAGGUGAACAACUAUUCCAUGCCUUGUCCAUGAUGUAAAAGCACAUUAUUUUUGUGUGUUUGCCUGACGACUUCAUACCUAACCAGUAAUAAAUUUUUGAUUGAAAGCAAUA